AAAGGUAUCGUGUUUUCCAACAUGCCUGAGCAGAUCAGUGUCUCAGAGUUCGUGGCUGUGACUUCGGAGGAUCUCAGUUCGCCGGCCGCCUCCACCUUCUCCUCCAAAAUGCAAAAGUGUAGGGGAGCAGUGGUGGCGUUGGAAGAGAGCUUGGACAGCGACCAAGCCAUUCUUCAGCGAAUCAAGAAAUAUGUGAAAGCCAUUCAUACCUCUGGUCUCACCCAUGUGGAGAAUGAAGAACAAUACUCUGAAACUCUAGAAAACUUUGGAAACAACCACUUGUCGCAGAACAACCAUGAGCUUUCCACAGGCUUCCUGAAUCUGGCUGUCUUCACUAGGGAAGUGACGGCACUCUUCAAGAACCUGGUGCAGAACUUGAACAACAUUGUCUCCUUCCCUCUGGACAGUAUGCUGAAAGGACAGUUUAAAGAGAGCCGCCUGGAUUCCAAGAAGCAGAUUGAAAAGGCCUGGAAGGAUUAUGAGGCCAAAGUAGCCAAGCUGGAGAAGGAGAAGGAGCGAGCCAAGGUCUCUGGAGUCAUUCAGGCCGAGCCGUUGACAGCAGAGAUUGUUGAAGACCUGCAGAAAGAGCGCCGCACUUUCCAGCUUCAGAUGUGUGAGUACCUUCUGAAAGCCAAUGAGAGCCAAACAAAGCAAGGACCAGACUUCCUGCAGAGCCUCAUCAAGUUUUAUCAUGCACAACACAAUUUCUUCCAAGAUGGCUGGAAGGCAUCACAGAAUCUGUACCCGUUCAUUGAGAAGCUUGUGGCCUCCUUACAUGCACUGCAUCAAGCAAAGGAAGAAGAGGUAAAGCAGCUCACACGGAUUCGAGAUUCCCUCCGAGGAAUCUUGCAGCUGGAGAACAAAGGGGAAAAUCUGAACAGGAAGAAUUCGGGUAGCGGGUACAGCAUCCAUCAACACCAAGGCAAUAAGCAGUAUGGGACUGAGAAGUCUGGAUUUCUGCACAAGAAGAGUGAUGGGAUUCGAAAAGUGUGGCAGAAGAGAAAAUGUGGCGUGAAGUAUGGCUAUCUCACCAUCUCGCACAGCACGAUAAAUCGGCCUCCUGUCAAGCUAAACCUAUUGACUUGCCAAGUGAGGCCACUUCCAGAAGAUAGAAAAUCCUUUGACCUUGUGACACAUAACCGGACUUAUCACUUCCAAGCUGAGGAUGAGCAGGAGUGCCUCAUAUGGGUUUCUGUGCUCCAAAAUAGCAAGGAUGAAGCUCUCAGCAAUGAACUCACCGAGUUUGUUAUCAUUGAGGUGAAGAAUAUGCCGGGAAACAGGCAAUGUUGUGACUGCGGAGCCCCAGAUCCCACAUGGCUUUCUACCAACCUUGGCAUCCUGACGUGUAUAGAGUGCUCAGGAAUCCAUCGUGAGUUGGGGGUCCACUACUCUCGUAUCCAGUCCCUGACCUUAGAUGUCCUCACCACUUCGGAAUUACUGCUGGCAAACAGCAUUGGAAAUGCCAAAUUUAAUGAAGUCAUGGAGGCCACAUUGCUGGAACAAGGCAGCCUGAAACCCUCCUCAAGCAGCGAUAUGAGCACCCGGAAGGAAUUCAUCAUGGCAAAAUAUAUGGAGCGCAAGUACGUUCACAAAGCUGGCAAAGAGGACUGUUACCGGCUCCAGGAAGCAAUCUGUUCAGGGGAUCUCUUGGCACUGCUUCAGGCCUUUGCAGAGGGUCAUGAUCUAACCAAACCUCUCACCAGCCCUGAAGGCCAGGAGCAAGGAGAACUGCCCCUGCAUCUAGCUGUUCGCUGCACCAGCAAGUCCUCCCUUCCGCUAGUGGAUUUCAUCAUUCAGAAUGGGGGGAAUCUGGAUGGACCCACUCCUGAUGGGAACACAGCCCUGCAUUAUGGGGCCCAGUACAAUCAGCCCAACUGUCUCAAGCUGCUACUGAAAGGGAAGGCCUCAAUAAAUGCAGUGAAUGCAGCAGGUGAGACUCCCUUGGAUGUGGCAAGAAAGUACAAGCAUGCAGAGUGUGAAGAUCUGUUGGUGCAGGCGCAGGAAGGGAAGCUUGCUCCUCAGAUACAUGUGGACUAUGACUGGGAAGCCCCUCAGGAGUUCUCCUACGAUAGUGAAGAUGAGCUGGAUGAGAAGGUGAGCCCACUGCAGUGGUCUUUUGGGUCCUCACCCUCCCCAACCACAGGACAGCCUGCCCUCUUUGCUCACAACCGACGGAGCUCCGCAGGCAUGGACAUCAGCAACAGGACCUAUGAGGCUGUCCUUGUCCCCUCACAGUCUGGUCCACACAGAGUGAACAGCGAGGAGAUCCCUCCACCACUGCCCAUCAAAAAACCUAUCAGAGCAGGUGUGAAGACAAAACCAGGGCAGAGCAGUGUGGAGUCUUCUGAGCCUCUGCCUCAGCAACCAGAUAUCCCAGAUGUUCAGAGUGUAUCCAUUACCAGUGCUCCUGGCAUGACGGACAGUGGCAUGUCCCGGCAUCCUUGUAGUUCCCGUAACUCUGUCGAAGUCAAAGGCACAGCCUACUGGGAAACCCGCUCAGAAAUGGAAGGUGGAUCCCAGCGGAGAAGAUCGGAGCCAAAUCAGAUAAUGGUGCAACAGCCCUCUCCUGGGACAUCCCCUGAUCAAGCAACCCCAGUCAAAUUCAGCUCAGAGUGUACCCGAUCCUACCGGCGCAUCAGUAGUGGCUCAGUGGGUAAAUCGUCUGGCAAUCCUCUUUCUCCACAGAGCUUGGGUAGCCCAGAAGAACUGCCAUCCUUCAAGGCUCCAACAGUAGCCCAAACUCCUCCUCCAGUUCCAAUGCCCAGAAGGCCAAAGGACGCCUAA